AUUCUUUUAUGCCCAUCACGUGGCGCCUCAUUCAUGAUUUGCGAGCAGGGGACUGAGGAGUAGCCCCAUUGGGAUCAAUAAGCCUAGCCACUGGAGUCAAGCUAAGCACACGAGUUUGCUUUCAAGCGUCCGGGAUCACGCAGCCCUCAAAGUCACACAGCUCGGCCCGCCCCCGCCCGCAGCAGCUCUGCCUCCUCCCUCCCUCCCGGACCCGGAGGCGCCUGAAAGCAAAGCUCCUUCCUCCGGCUGCUGCAGCCUCCUUGGGCAGCGCUGCUCCCCGCGGGGGACGCCUCUUGCCGAGGCUACUUCCCAUAUCUUUGCAGGACUUCAAAAUAAUUUAAACUCUUUAAGUUUGUGUUCAUGAAAGAACACAAGAACGGCCAUACUGAGUCAGACCAAAGAGCCAUCUAGCCCAGUAUCCUGUCUUCCAACUGUGGCCAUUGCCAGGUGCUUCAGCGGGAAUGAACGGAACAGAUAUGCAUUCUUCUUAAAAUGAGAUUAUCUUGAAGUUAAACACCAAGAAGUUCAUCACUGUUCCUAACUGAAGAAGAAGGCACCUAAGUAAAAAUGUCCAUCAGUAUAACUUGGUGGUCUACUUGCACAUUUCUAAUCAUGUGUUACAUGAUACCUGGGCCAUCCCUAAGUCAAGAUUGCUCUCUAGAGAAGAUGGAAAAUGUUGUCAUUGAUAUGAUGCGAUCUCUCUCAAAAGGCAUCAGAGGGACUGAGCCAAUAUAUACACCAACUCGGGAAGCUUGUAUUAAUGUUUGCUGCUUAGAAAAAAACAUAUCGGGAGACAGGCAGUGUAAUUUGAUGAUUUAUGAUGCUCGAAGGAUAAGCCAGCAUCCAAACUGCUACCUGUUUUACUGCCCUAGUAAGGAAGCUUGUCCAGUGAAACCAUUAAAAGGACUUGUGAGCUACAGGAUAAAUAGAGGUAUACAGAUUCUGGACUCACAGCUUGAAAAUUACAACUCGAAGGGAAACUCUCUUUCUUCACAAGCAGCUCACUUUGACCUUCCCAAUCAGGCAGGUCACCUGAAUCAUACUGCUGCUUUGCAGAAAUCUGCUACUUCUCAGAUGUCUGAACUCAUUGACCAUAUAGAAGAACAUUUAGUUAAGAUUGAAUUGCACACACAGUUUCCUGAAGACCAAGAGAAAAAACAUCCUGAGACUUUAGAUUAUUUCCCAAAACAAAAAAUAACUGAGCUAUUGCCUACAAGCGCUGCUCAUACUUUUCAGUUCAGCACCUCCUCUCCACCACUGCCUACCAUGCUUCCUACCACUGUCAGUAGUGCUGUACCCAAAAACACUAGCACUCAGAUUCCUACCACUACUGCUUUUAUCACAACUGACCACAUGAUCUCAAAUUCCAGAACUGUUACAGAAUUUGCAAGAACAUCUGCCACCACUAUGAAGCCAAUAGCCAUCUCUACAGACAGUACUAGCGGCAUCGCUCUCUUUUCUUUGUCAGUUGGUGCUUUGCUUAGUAAGGAUUCCUUGGCUCCUUUUCAAAAUAUGCAGCAGGAUAAUAGGCUGCUUGAUUCAGAAGCUGGCCUAUUACAUGAUGUUCCAAAAAGCAAGCAUGCCCCUCAAUCUGGUGACAAAAGUGGUCUCAUAGCAGCUUUACUUUUUGGGAUAGUGUCUUUGCUAUUAGUUAUUGCGCUAAUAAGCAGAAGGAUGUCUCAAUCUCUUCAGAGAAGACGUUAUAAUAGGCUAGAUUACUUGAUCAAUGGAAUGUAUGCUGAUGUGUGAUGGGAGGGGAAAUUGAAACAAUACAUUGGUAAGAAGUGCAGUCUUUGUUAGCAGCUGUAGCCUGAAACUGAGCUGCAAUGCUGAAAUCCUUGAGGAGGGUGUGUUCUCUCUUAGCUGCAGGUGGGAAAGGGGCAAGCAGCUGUUGAUGUUCUCCCCCCACCCCCACAAAAAAAGUACACCCUGAAUUGUAGAGUAACAUUUAUUUAACUGCAAAAUCAUAAAAUAAACAAACACUGUCUAAGUUAAGCAGAGAUGUUUUUAGAUUUAAAAUAAAAGAUCAAGAUCCUAA